AGACCUUUUUGCUAACUGGUAGAUAGUUACUUUUUUCUAUUAUAAUUAGAUAUUUUUUGUCAUUAGCUUUAUUACACUGAUGCUUGAGCACACAAUGAACCAGUCGAGCAGGCCCUCAGCUCAAAACCUCCCACGUAAAUAGGCAUAGGCUGGCUGUAGAAUGUCUGCAUGCUUUUGCAUGGUUGCAUUCCUUGAUUUGUACUAUGUUUUAUUUAGGUAACUUUGAGUACAAACAAUUAGAAAGGACUUUGUGGGAGUGAUUAUAGUAGGAGGAGAGAGAAGUGAGAGAAAUAGGACUGACUUCUUUUUCUCAGCUUUGUUGAGAGGAAUGUGGAGGUAGCUAUAGACCUUAGGAUGUAGUUUACCUUAUAGUGACUUGUAUUAGUUUAAAGUAAUGAAGAUGAGUGUUUCUUGUGCUAAUAUAACACAUUUUGCUAUAGUCUUCUCUUUUCUGAAGACUCUUUCAGUUGUUUCUUUUGGCAGUAGCUCUGUUUAAAAAUGUUCGUGGGUGAGGCAGAAGCUGUUUAGGUGCUCUGAGACCAGGGUUUGUAAAUUGCCAUAUAAGCAAAGUGAGAUAUGUGGAGAAAGUCAGUGUGGCAUAUAAUAACCUUUUUUUUUUCAGUCCAUUUCAUGUAGUUCAAGGGAAUGAGAAGGCUAAUUAAAUGAAAAUUAUACUUGAAUAUGAGAUUUUAAAAAAAUUAUUCACCUUGUUUAUCGUAUUAAAGUCAUUGUCAAAUAUGAUAACAUUUUAGAUUGAUUCAGUUUGUUAUAAACUUUUCUUUAGAUAAAUGACAAGAUUUUUUGUUUAUAUUAGAAAAGAAAAAAAGGUAGCGAAUGGAACAUUGGAUUAUCACUGUCAAUAUUCAGAUAAGAGAAACAUAUUACGACAAUUUUAUUUUGGAAACCAUUGCUUAUGCAGCUAAUGUUUUUAUGUUGUUCACUGAAAAGAUGUCUUUGUUAAUGCUAGAGCAGAUGAAUCACAAUCUCAGUUGAUGCCAGGGAAGGCAGAUCCUUCUCUUGAGUUGCGAACGUCAUUUAUUAUGCAUGCUUGGUUGAUAUGGCACAGGUUUACGGUUGAGGUGAUUUAUUUUUAAGGUGGUAAUAGUGUAUAGCUCAUGUCACUGUUGGGUGUCUAAAUAAAGAGAAAGAUGUA